CCCGACCGUAUCCAAGUCAGACCCCAUCCCUCUCCCACGUGGCGCCUGUGCAACUGUGACCACUGUCAGUCUUUAGAGGAAACACGCGAACAUUGACAGAAUCUACCCAUUUAAUGCCCACUUGUCAGGUUCUACCCCCAAAAGCAGUCCCCCGAAAUCCCCUCGAGCAUCCCCCGCUUGCGAGAUAUUGCCUCCAAAACCUCCCCCACCUUUCCCCUUUUUUGUCGGUACUUAACACCCGUCUUUUCGACACCCUUUACACCUACCGUUCUGAAAGCACUUACAUGCACAACUUCCGACACCUCACACCAAGCAUCAUCAUAGACACAAACCCCACCAUGGAAGCAAACCCCACCACAGACGCAAAGCCAACUCCCGGCAAGUCCAUCCCAUUCGACCUCGACACGACCGCCAUCACCAACCUGGCAACCGAAUUCUUCAAGCCAGAAAAGCUCACCCCCCUUCUACAAAAGUACACGACCGCCACCACCGACCUGGCAACCAAAUACCUCAAGCCAGAAAAGCUCACCCCUCUUGUACAAGAGCACAAGAGUCCGUCACUACCCAACAUCUCACCCUCCCACACCGCACUGACAAACCUAAUAACCACCCACAGGCGGAAUCAUCGUCGCCGCCCUCUGGCUAACCCGCUCCUUGCUAUCCGUCCUCCCCCUCCCCAUUCCCUCACUUAGCACCCUCCCGCUCGUCCUCCUCGCCCUGGCAUCCCUCUCCCUAACCACACCGCCCCGCACCCCCGCGGGCCUCGCCUACCAUGCCUACACUGAGGUAUCCUCUUCCAUCACCUCCCUGACCAAAAAGACCCUCCCUGCCUGGCUGCCCCGCGCCAUCCCCAUCGUUUUACUUU